AUGUCGGGCAUCCCACAUUCCAUGCAGUCGCAUGCUGCCCACCAUGGGCACACAGCAGCGCAUCCCUCGGAGCUCUUCGGUGCAGAGCACGAGCGCGACGAGGAGCCAGAGGCCGGAGAAACUGGUCUUUUGGCUCUUGGGACGACUGUGUUGGCAUCAGGGGAGCUGGAGUUCGAUGAAGAUCUCACAGCUGUGAAGCACGACGAGGCUCUCUAUAGCGCCGUGAACACCAUGAAGCGCCACAAGACCAUCACGUAUGACGACAUAGUUAUGUCCGAAGGAGUCCGACAAAGCGUUUACUUGGAGUACAUAAAGUGGGAGAUUGACACCGAGAAUACAUUUCUGGAGCUUCCCCUCACGGUCGUUGUGCUGGUCUCUUUUACCAUCCUCGCUCUGUAUAUACUGCACCAGGAACAGCUCUAUGCAAUAGAGGAAGCUUUCGAACGAGAUAUCAUCGAAAAUGCAAACUUCGCUUGGAGUGGCUACUUUGGCCACAAAGGCAUUGACCAGGUAAUGUCUGUCGCAGACUUCUGGUCUUGGAUGCGUCUUGGUUUCCUCUCCUUGCUGGGCAGGUCUCAGUGGCUUUACAGCGAGGUUGCACCUGAGAUUCUCGGCGGGCCGGUGACUGCGGGAACCUCGUACAACAGGGCUACCUUGCCACAGUCCUGGCUAUUCGCCGGCUACGAGAAGCCCGCGCCUGUGGCAAACGAUCAUCUCCAGUAUUCCAAGCUUGUCAGCGGGGUCCGGAUGAGGCAGACUGUGUCAGCUGCUGCAUCGGAGCAUUGCAUCUUCCCCAGCUUGUUGGACGGUCAGAAACAGAGGGCUUGGCUGCAGAAGCCCUGUUUCCCCUCUGAGUUGGGCUUGCUGUCGCCGGAACUUCAAGAGGCGGAAAACUUUCAAGGUCUGGAGCGCCAGGAGUUUCUGUUCCCGGAUAUAUCGAGCAUGAGCGAAAUGACUCGAAAGUUGUUGGAUAUGGAGGACGGUUGCCACUCUGCAUCCCUUUCAAACAGCCUCGAGAGUUGCCUUUGCGAGUGGUGUAAAGCGCAAACUCCGAGUCAGCCUUGGAUAGAUGAACGGACUGCGCGGAUCGAAAUCAGUAUGCUGCUGUUCAAUGCCCAGUAUGGAGCCUACACGUAUCUCUCUGUGAAUUUUAUGAUGAAUCGUGGUGGUCACAUCCACGCCUUCACGCACUGCCUGUCCGCCUUCGUCAAUCCAUUUCUGCGACCCUUCUCAGAGUUGGUUCUGACGAUCAUUGCUGGGAUACUGUGGAUCGCUGCGCUGCUCUAUGCAGCUGUGGCCGAGAUAUGGGAGAUUAUUAGCACAGUACGGCAGUCAAGCAAGCGCUUCUACAAGUCCUUGUGGCAAGAGUACCUGGGUUUCUGGAACUUCGUUGACUGGAUGUCGGUGCUUGUUGGUACGCUGACGAUCAGCUUUUGGAUACAGGGCCGGCUAGCUGUGUCUGCUGUUAACGAGUUGAUGCCAGCCAUGAUCCAAGCCAGCCUUGCCCCAGACGCGGGCUACGAGGAGAUCGCGCGAAACGUUUUUGCAAGUGCCGAGGUCAUGAGCAAGGCCAAGAAAGAUAUGGAGCUUCAGAUGAUGAUCUAUCCGUUGAUCAUCAUGCUCAGAAUCUUCAGAUCCUUUGAAGCGCAGCCGCGAUUGGCCAUCGUGGCCGCCACACUGAAGACGGCAGCCCCGGAUUUGGCCCACUUUUUUAUGAUCUUCUGGUGUGUCUACUUCUGCUUCGUCGUCAGUAGCUUGCUCUUCUUCGGCCAAGACCUGGAGAGUUUCAGCACACUUGACAGGGCCCUUCACACCUCCUUUCUAGCAAUGUUCGGCGAUUGGGACUGGAUCGGUAUGCGAGAUGUUGGAAUGAUGAGGUCGGCUGCCUGGUUUUGGCUUUUCAUGAUCGUGAUGGUCCUAUUCCUGCUGAACAUGCUCCUGGCAAUCAUUAUGGACGCCUACCAAGUCGAGAAGUUUAAAGCUUCCGACACGACGACUCUGUGGCAGCAGGUUCUAGACAUGAUCCAGCGACGGCGCCAGUACCAAAGAGGCGAGCGAGUCCGACUACCCGACAUCUUCGAAGUCUUCCGUAAGCAGUACAAAGGAAAAGAGAAGGAGAUGAUGUCAAGCGAUCGCAUGAUCUCUGUCGAGUAUCUGGUGACGCACGUGACUCGAAUGCCGUACAAGCAGGCUUACAAAACCCUUGUGAACGCUCUUAAGAGGGAUGAGGAGCUCAGCAACGGCUUUAUGAGCGAGGAGCAAGUGAACAAGCACGUCGAAUCCACACUGGACGCCUUUGCUGCCAAGAUUCAGGCGGUCAAGGAUGACGUGGAGUUUGUUUCAGACCAACUUGAUUUUUGGGACCGUCUACAGGCUCCAGGCGAUUCUGAGUAUGACUUCUACUUCGGGGCAGAAGGCCACACUCCGGAUGAAGCAUCCAAACUCUGGAUUCAUAAUUCCAUCUCCUCGAUAUCUGUGGAGCUCCAGCAUCUUUUUGCCAGAGGCUUACAAAGGAUUGGCGUUUGGCAGGACGAGUUCGAGUGCGAGCAAAGCGAGCUCAACGAAAAUCUCCUGGAAGUGCACCAAGUGCUGGCUCAGCUGCAGGAGGCGGUUCAAAACCU